GCAGCAGACGCAGUUGCGCAGUUGCUUCAUGACGAAUAAUAGUUGUGAAUCGUGAAUGUUGAACGGUUAGAACAGUCGAAAAGAUUGUUAUUUUGUUAUGCAAAGUGAGUUGCAAGGUUACAAAAUUAACGCAAAUUUAUUUUCUAAAUGAAUUUUGUGGAAAUACAUUUAUACGAUGCAGAUUCGCAAGAAGUAUUUACAUUAAAAGUGAAUCCAAAGGAUGCUGUUAAAGCAGAAAAUGACCAAUUUAAGUAUUGUCGUAAGAUGUUAACUACUAAUCAUACAUGUGGACAUCUAUACAUGGACUAAUGUCCUAUAAGAUUAAAUGAAAAUAUGUAUAUUUUUAUUAACAACUGUGGGAAGAGAAAGGAUAUGGCUUUUGCAACAGCAUUAUUAAAAUAUGCACGUGAGAAUGGUAAUAAAAGUGGAAAUGCACCAGCAUUACCAAAAAUUCUUCCUUCAAAUAUAAUUGAAAAACCUGAUACUCACAUAAACUUUGUAGCAUCUCCAGAUAAAGAGUUUGCAGUAGAUACUGCAGCAUGUUUAGCCUCAACUAGCAAUGCCUCAGGAGAGGAUCCAUUAGAUAUUUCAAACGUGGACGAAGAGUUUGCAGAAAGUUUUAGAUGGUCUCGUGAAGCAAUUUUGCUGUUGUUGGAGGAAUACAGACAGCGAGAGCAAAAUAUGUCCUCAGGAAAAAUUAGCCACAAAAAAGCAUGGGAACAAAUUGCUCAAACAUUGCAAAGUAAGGGAUACAUGGUCACAGCAAGACAAUGCAAUACAAGAGUAAAUACUAUGAAAAGAACGUAUAAAACAAUAAAAGACCAUAAUAAAAAAUCAGGAAAUGAUAAGCGAUCAUGGCAAUAUUAUGAUGUGAUGGAGAAUUUUCUCGGAGAGAAGCCGUAUAUGGUGCCUUUGUCGACUAUUUCUUCCACUGGUGAAGUAACAGAAAAACCAGCAAAUAUUGACUCCGCAUUUAUUAAAUCAAGUAUUGCCACUGUGUCUGGAAAGUCAGCAUGUAAACGUAAGCACGCAGAAAAUGAAGAGAGAGAGAAAGAAAGAGAAAGAAGACACAGGGAAAAAAUGGAGAUAAAAGAAAAAUUAUUAGAAAAAUUGGACAAAAUAAUUGAAAAACUAUAAAACAACCUGCAAUGCACUCACACAAAGGUCCAAACUUUUACUUUUUUUAAAAACUUUUUUGUUUACUUACGAAAA